CAGCUCCAGUAAAGGCAGAGGUGCCAGAUACUGUUUUGAUUGAAGAUAUGGCUGCAAAAACAGACAGAAUUAUUUUUUUUUUCUAUUUAUUACAUCCAAAGACUUGUGAAUAUUUUUCUAAAUUAGUAUUAG